UAGCCACUGCAACAACUCACAGACACUUUCUCUCCUUCCUAACGGCGACAACAGUGCUCAAUCGUGGUGUACUCCUCCACGUACGGUGACGGCGCGGUCCUCAAUCGCGAGAAACCCCUCUCCCUUCUCUUCUCCUUGUUCUUCCUCUGUUCCUCCGUUUCCAGGUCUUCAUCCUCGGGACAUUCGAAGUGUGGAUCCAUCUUUGUUUUCGACGAAUUUGGUACCCUCUUUGCUGGUUUAUGAGCAUAUGAUACUUCUAAAUCUGGGCUCCCUUCAAGCAAUAGCAAUGAAAGAUUGUGUACUUAUAUUUGAAUAUAAUCGUAAAGGAGGGCAAGCUUUUCUGGAGUCAUUGUUGCCCAGGUUGAACCCCAAGAACUGUAACGGAGGGCCAUCAAUGCCAUUUGAACUCGAGGAUGGCCACCAAGAAAGGCUAGGAGAAGGCGCCCAAGAAAUCGGCCACAAAGUGGGAUCCUUAAAGUCAACCUCCAAGGCACAUCCUACACUAGGAGCCAAACCCCUUUCUAAGAAGGCGAAAACAUCCGUUCCUAUCGAUGAUAAAGAGAAGAGCAAUCCGGCAAGGGAAUCCUCAAGGUUCCCCAACUGCUUCUGUGAACUCUUGUUCCCCGCUAUGGAUUGAUGAAUGGUACCUCACUGUGGAGGCUAGAGCUUGGGCCCAGAUUCUAUCUCACUAUGUGCUACCUAGCACCCACAAGCUGUCAUUCAUGAUGGAUCUCACUCUCCUUAUUUGGUGUAUUCUCACGGAGAAGCCGGUGAACAUCCCGCUUCUCAUCCAACAAGCGAUGGGUCAAGUUCAGGGCCGGGGUAACCUACCAUUUCCAGCAUUGGUAUCUGAUUUAGUUGCUAUUGAAGGUGUUCCUUGGAUGUCUAUGGACAUGAAGGCUACAAUUCUGGCUAAGGGCGAUGUCGUCCCAAGCGGGAAAUACUUAUAGCUUCCCAAAGGCACCCUACCCUAGGCCUUGACAUAGCCCCCCAACCUACUGUUCCUUCCACCUCAUCCGCACCACCACAAAGACCCAUCCACCAACGAAUUGAGGAUUUACACAAGAAGAUAGAUAGAUAUGAACGGCGGAAUCAACACCGAUUUGCUUACAUAAAGGAGCUUUUGAGUUUUGUUACCCCAUCCAUAGAGGAGCCCGAUAUAUGCACAUCCACCUCAACUCCAUUUGGCAGUAGCAAUCAUAAGAAGGAUAGUGGAGAUUCUGGUCCCGAUCACCCUAUGCACAUUGCUAGUAGCACGGAGGACCGUGCUAAAUUUUAAGUGUGUGGAGGUCGUUCGACCGAUUUCCAUGGGGUAAUAAUCUCUUCCUUUCAACACCCACGAACUUAAAUUUUCAACACUCCUUUGUAUGGCAAGCUGUAUAUUAGGGAUCACCGUUGUCAAUGGCUACCUCCCGUCGUCUCAGUGAAAAUGAACCUCUACCGUUUCUGUACGGUUAAUCAACUAUUGGAUUUCUCAUCUCGGAUGCAAAAUACUAGGCACAGCUAUCGCAUGGCUAAUCAGCUGUUGGUUCUCGAUCGUGUCGGAAUAAGAUUCAAUGAUCCUUUUGCGCACUGUCACUGUCCCAGUGAGGGUUCAAUGCUUGAUUCUAUAUUCCCUGCUUUCAUGAGCUAUCUUCUUACAAAUUUACUUGUUUUCAUUGUAUGAUUUGAAUUAGUGGAAUUUGAAUUAUUUUUGUCUUGGAGAAAUUAUUUACUUUUAACCAAGUAGGUAGAAACAUCUUUGCAUGUAGUUGCAUUCAUAUAGAUAGGUUGCAUUUCAUACAUUUUAUCAUUCCUCUUCACUCUUUUAGUUCUCUUGAGCUUAGCAUGAGGACAUGCUAAUGUUUAAGUGUGGGGAGGUUGAUGAACCACUAUUUUAUGGUUUAUAUUGUGCUAAAUUGAGUGGAUUUUAACAAUCUUUCGUACACUUAUUCAUACUAAUUGCAUGAGUUUAUGUUUUCCUUUCUGAUUUUGUGCUAUGAUUAAAAACAUGCUUCUUUGGCUUUUAUUUUAUUUUAUUUGAAUCCUCUCUUAUUAUCAUUCGAUGCCUUGAUAUGUGUGUUAAGCAAUUUUAGGUAUUACAGGGCAAGAAUGGCUCAGAGGAUGGAAAGGAAGCAUGCAAAAGUGGAAGAAAUACAAGAAGUUGAAGAAAUUGCAAAGCUGUCAGCCUGACCCUCUCACACUAAAACGACUAUAACUUGAGCUACAAAGGUCCAAAUGAGAUGUUCUAGUUGCAUUGGAAAGCUAACAUCCGUGGCUUCGCAACGAUAUAUAAUUUGCUAUAGCUGCCUCAAAGUUAGGUGACGCGAACGCGUGGAUGACGCGCCCGCGUCGCAUCUGCAAAAUCUCAAUCCACGCAAACGCGUGGAUGACGCCUCCGCGUCACUCUGCCGUGACCUGUACGAACCAGAUUUCAUAAUCAGCGAUUUCUGGGCUGUUUCUGACCCAAUUCUCGACUCAGAAAACACAGAUUAGAGGCUGGGAGUGGAGCAAAAUCAAUCAUUCAUUUAUUACUCACAAUUUUAGGUUUUAGAUGUAGUUUUUAGAGAGAGGGGUUCUCUCCUCUCUCUUAGGAUUUAGGAUUAGGAUUUCUAUUACGAUUAGGAUUGUUUCUUUAU